AUGGGAGGGGGAAACCACUUAUCAAUGAAAAGCUUGGUGCGGCUGGUUAAUGAGUGGGAGAUCCAACUACUAGUGCUUGUUAGCUUCACACUACAGUUCUUUCUCUUCUUUUCUGGCCGCCUCCGGCGGAGACCCAUAGCACUGAGAUUAUCCAUCUGGCUAUCUUAUUUGGGAGCGGACUUGGUAGCAGCUUAUGUCCUAGGCCUCAUCUCGCGACAAGAGGUUUCCUCUCGUCAUCUGGCCUUUUUCUGGGCGCCCUUCCUCCUCAUACAUCUAGGCGGACAAGACACCAUCACUGCUUUUGCCAUCGAGGACAACACUCUCUGGCGGAGGCAUUUGUUGAAUCUUGUUGUCCAAAUGUCCCUCACCCUGUAUAUCUUUUGGAAAUCAUUUGAUGGCGGCCCAAACAUGAAGCUUCUUGCUCCUAGCAUCCUACUGUUUGUUACCGGCACUAUUAAGUAUGGGGAGAGAACAUGGGCUUUGUGGUGUGGCAGCCUGAGAAACAUCAGGGACUCAGUCUCAGAUUCAGGUCUCUCUCCUCCGGAAACCAGCAUUAUUGAUACCUCUUCCGACCCUAUUUUCUCUGCCUUGCGUUCAGAAAAGGCUAUGCGUUAUUUCUUUUCUGGCGUUAGGUAUCCCGCUGACGCCGCUAGCCGUUGGCAUAUAGAUAGUUUACGCCCAGACCUUUCAACCAAGUUAUUUGGGAUCAUUCAGAUUCAACUCGGCCUGAUGUUUGAUGAUAUCUAUACUAAGGCCAUGGUGCUUCGAACGUGGAGUUGCACAAUACUUCGGUGCAUCUCACAUGUUUCCUUUCUCGCCGCUUUUCUGCUCUUCUUUUCUGUAGUAGGAUACAAAGAGGAGAGGUGGUACUACAGUUGUGUUGACACUGCAAUCACCUAUGGAUUGUUUUUCGGCGGUUUCUCUCUUGAAGUUUCCUCAUUAUUUAUCACCAUAGGCUCACCUUGGACCUUGGCAUGGCUAAAGGAAAAUACCCGGCAGUGCACUUGCACCAUCGUCCUCGGCUCCAUCAUCAGAUUCAUCGCUAGAUGUAGGUAUACAGGGAAAAGAUGUCCCCCAAACUUAAUGGGUCAGUACACCAUGUUAAACUAUUUGCUGCAGUCAGAACUGCAUAAAUCGAAAUUGAUGUCCGUGAUUAGAAAAUCCGUGCACGCAUACUGGGGAACAAAGGCACCAUUGUGGAUCAGUAGGGCGGUGGACACAAGGUUCGUGAUGGUGGAUGAGCAGAUGAUGAGAUGCGUCGUCUGGAAGAUGGAACAGUAUCUCCGCUAUGAUGGAUCAAGAAGUAGCCCCCAGCAGCACUGGCCAAAUCUACAUCCAGUGCUAGAGAAGAUAGUGCAGGCUCAAGGUCCCAACUUUGACCAUCUCUCCAUUAUCAAGCUCCAUUUAUUCACAGAGAUACAGCUGAGUAUGUAUGUAUGGAAUGGCACUGCUGUGGACAAUGAUGCUUAUCUGGUCCGGAGGAUAUCCAACUAUAUGGUUUAUCUUUUGGUCAAUCGCCCUGAAUUGCUGCCAAUCUACGACAGCGGCGAAAGUGGUCGUGACUCAAUAGCACAGCUCUAUGAAAGUUUGGCCGGUAGGGAUGUUGAGGCCACCCUGCGUCAAACAAUUUUGUUUCUUACCUUAAAUGGUAUUCAAAACCCCACGGAGGAGGAGUGCACAGAAGCGAAGGUGUCAGAGCUCCGAGAGGCAUGGGUAGGUGUGCUCCUUCAUGCUGCCAGCAAGUCGCGGCCGGAGAUACAUGCGGCGCUGCUAGCCACGGGAGGGGAGCUCCUUACCUCCAUCUGGCUGCUCAUGGCCCACUACCAACUUGGGGAUGUGAUGGACAACCCCAUCGAGAUGUCGGCUGCUAAUGCACCUAUUCCUCAGCGCCGCUACGCCUUCUGAACUGCCUCGAUCGACGUACGU